AUGAUGCCAAAGUAUUCCAGCAGUAAUCCACAAAGCCGCAAAAAUAGACCACUUAAACGAAUCUCCCCUCGUUGGCGUAGUACUUUUCCUAUUUCGUUAAGUCAGCUACAAAGGAAACGUGAUGAAUUUUGGGAUACAGCUCCAGCUGCUGAAGGCAGAGUUGAGAUUUGGAAUGCUCUGAAAGUAGUUGCUGAUUUUUUUCAAAAACAAGAUUAUGAUAUGGCUCAAGCGAUUUUAGAUGGAGCAUGUAUUACUCUUCCAUCAGGAACAUUGUAUGACUGCUAUGAUGAACUUGGUGCUCAUUAUCAGCUUCCAUUAUACGUCUUAAGUCAGCCAAGUAAUCUCAUUCCAGAUCCAUCUACUCCUGAUUCACAAAGCUUACACUCUCAACCAAAUAUAUCUGCUGUGCUCAGAAAUUCAAAUACCUACACUUCAGGCUUUAAUAACACAAGAGUUCGUUCUCAUCAACAAUGUGCCGAUAGUAAUAAUGACCCAUCAAGUAACGAUGUGUGUGGGUGUUUGUCAUUGUUCAAUGCAUUUUGUCAUAGAAAUCGCAGGAACAGAGACGGAUCACCUCAUUGGUUACAAUGGAACUUUAAUUCGUGCAGACGUGAUCAUGAUCAAUCAGCAUGUGACAAAAUUGAUCCUACACACCAUAAUUCAUCAUCUCCACCAUCAUCUUGUCUUAAUUUAAGAUUAUCUACUGGUGAACAGUAUACACUAGAAAUCGGUGAUCAAAAUAUCACAGUUUUGGAAGCCAAACGUUUAUUUACUUCACUGUGCGGUUGGCAUGAGCUUAGACAGCGUUGGUUUGUGUGUGGUCGUUCUCUCUCCAAUCGACUUUCGAUUAAAGACUGUCAUAUACCAUCGGGUUUUGUUAUCCAAGUUAUUGUACACUCACCAUUCGAUCCUGAAUGUUUAUGGAAACAAGGGAGUAGAUCUGCAACUAGUUCUGUAGUGGAAGCCAUUAUCUCUUAG